AUGGGCACUCCAAAUAGAACUCUGAUUCAUCCAGCCUAUUUCCUACUGGUGGGCAUUCCUGGGUUGGGUCCUAACACACACUUUUGGCUGGCUCUCCCACUGUGUUUUAUGUAUGCCCUGGCUACUCUGGGCAACCUGGGCAUCGUUCUUAUCAUUCGUGUGGAGAGUCGCCUGCAUGAGCCUAUGUACCUCUUCCUAGCCAUGCUUUCUACUACUGAUCUCAUCCUCUCCUCUGUUACCAUGCCCAAGAUGGCCAGUCUUUUCUUGACUGGUGUCCAGGAGAUCGAGUUCAAUAUUUGCCUGACCCAGAUGUUCCUUAUCCAUGCUCUGUCUGCCAUGGAGUCAGCUGUUCUUUUGGCCAUGGCUUUUGACCGCUUUGUGGCCAUCUGUCAUCCUUUACGGCAUGCCUCGGUGCUCACAGGGCCAACUGUGGCCAAGAUUGGGCUAGCUGCCUUGAUCAGGGGAUUUGUAUUCUUCUUCCCACUGCCUUUCAUCCUGAAGCGGUUGUCGUACUGCCGAACACAUACUGUCACACAUUCCUUCUGUCUGCACCAAGAUAUUAUGAAGCUGUCCUGUACUGAUACCACGGUCAAUGUGGUUUAUGGACUCUUCAUCAUCCUCUCAGUCAUGGGUGUGGACUCCCUCUUCAUUGGCUUCUCCUACAUCCUCAUCCUGCGGGCUGUGUUGGCACUGUCAUCCAGAGGGGCAGCGCUCAAGGCAUUUAACACCUGCAUCUCCCAUCUCUGUGCGGUUCUGGUCUUCUACGUGCCCCUCAUUGGGCUCUCAGUGGUGCACAGGCUGGGCGGCCCGACCUCCCUGGUCCAUGUAGUGAUGGCUAAUAUUUAUCUGUUGUUGCCACCGGUAGUCAACCCCAUUGUCUAUGGAGCCAAGACCAAGGAAAUCCGCUCAAGGAUCACCCAUAUAUUCUCCCAAGGUGAGAGGUGA